AUGGCAGCCAGAGUGGAGGAUCCAACAGCCAUCCUGAUUGGGAAAGUGGGGGCAGGGAAGACCACGAUUUUCAACAAGGUCUGUGAUGCCAAUCGUGAUGCCGACAUCACUGACGAUUCCUGUACACGGCAGUUUGUGAGCAAAAAGGUCUUUUACGAUGAUAUGUCGAUGGUCCUGUACGAUGGGCCAGGUUGCAACAGCAAAGAGGACACUUACGCGCACAGCUAUGUGCUUCGCCAUGGUCUAACAUGUGAGCCUCUGAACGGUGUAUUUGUAGCGGUGGAGUACAACCCACGCAUCCGCAACAACAUGGGAGGAGAUUUCUAUGAAGUUGCGAAGAUCCUCAAGAAGGAGGCCUACGACCACAUCGUGGUAGUAGUGACGAAAAUGGAUCAGUUCCAUCCAGACUCGAAGUUCCCUACCCGCAAAAGCAUGGAAGCUCACAUCCGAAAGAGCUUUCAGAUGGACUACGGCAUGAAUCAGCUGGUCUUCUCCGAUGUAACCUCGACGGCUCCCAUGCUGUUCCACGACAUGAGGAAAGCAGUCGCCCAACUCUCAAAGGUUCAGCUGAGCUACACAGACGAGGAGUUCUUGGAGCACUUCGACCUGAAAGCAUGGAAGGGCCGUGAGCAAUUUGAUUUGCAUCGCCUGAAGAAGCAGAUUGAAAAGUUGUGCGCAGAGUUCGAGGAGGGACUUCAACACUUGGUUGCCACUCAGCAAAACGUCUCGCCUCAGGAAUUUCAGGAUUAUGUUUAUGCGAUCAUCCAGCAGAACCGCAUGGAGUUGGAGGAAAAUGUGUACCGCCCUUUCCUGCAUCGCAACGGCGAGGAUGAGAUUGCCUUUGACGACUAUGCUGCCAGCAUCGAGUUGCAGAAGUUGAUCCACCGCGCGCACUCGGACUUCCGCAACGAAGCCAAGAAGCACUUGCUGGUGAACCCUGACAACACCAACGACUGGCGCAACGCGAUUCGACGUUGCCAGCACUGCCGUGAAGUGUGGGUCAAGGUGGAAGGUUGUGAUGGUGCAACGACAUGUGGAGCGCGUCCGAGCAACAUUGAUGCUUCAUCAACAGCCUACUAUCGGUUGCUGUGGGAGAGAGUUGAGGGGAAAUUGCGACCUGGCAAGUUCUUGAUGAAACCAGAGGUCAGGAGCACCAAGAAGACUGAGGCAAUCUCCAACCUCAAGCCCAUCGGCUGCGGAAAGAGCAUCGUCUGGUCGGACCAAGCAGUUGUUCCGCCGUGUCAGCUGGAUUGCCUCUUCAGCACCCAGGAGUUAGAAAACAUCCUGAGCUCCUUCAAGAUGGACAAGCAGUUUCAGAUGCUUAAGAAACGAAAGGAGGCGGAGAUCCAACCUUUCGGAGAGUUAGAUGAGACUGGCCGGGACAAGAAGCAGGGGCAUGCUGUGCAACCUGAUGUCGACAUGAGAGUCGGGAUGAGAGUCAGUGUCCGCAAGGUUGCAAGCUGCUGA